AUUGCGGGAAUUUGCAUGUGACGUAGCGCCAAGGUCAUAGGGAUAUAUCAGUGUCGUUUCCUGAUUAGGUGACAGGUCACUCAAGAUCGUCAGUAUAUCAUGCUUUUACCAAAAGAUAUUUCUUCAAGCACGUAAAAUAGCUUUGAAAAACCAACAAAUAUCGUACUGCACAAAACAAUGCUUCUAGAUCUGGAUGGAUUGCAAAUGGCCUUAAUUGUUUCAUGAUUACUUGGAACAACUAGCUAUUAGUUUUUGAUAAACUGAUCAGCGAAUCGUCAUGGAUUUCUAUUCUAGGUAGAUAAAUGCUCUUAAAUAUAGUGUAACGUAUUAGUACUUACAAUAUUCUAAUGUGCAACAACACGCCCUAUGCAUUUUUACGCGAAAUACGUACGUUGCUUAAAGCUAAAUUUUACUGUGCAUGUAGAUAAGCCCAUAACGAGCCGUUCAUUGCCAACGCAAUAGUCUACAUUAUUGUUCAAACCCUGAAGCCGUAUUCAUAGAAACAUUUACCUCGAUAAACCAUUCUUUUGAGAACAUUUUCCAAUCUAUAAAAAUAAACAUAAACUUGGGAUAUCUUUGGAGCUUUUAAGCUAGUUUUAUUCGGUCAGUUUGAUUGUAAACACGAACAUUCUCAAUGCAUCGAUUUCGAAUUUCACGGAGAAAACACAUCAUAAUCUAUACGAUUUCGAUCUUGAUUUUCCUCACUGUUCUUUAGACGAGUUAUAUUUUUAAAUACUUUAGAACGAACAAAUUCUAAUAUUCACCACAUAAUGGGUACACAAUAAUGUCUCAUUGCAAUCAGUUACAAUAAUGUCAGAUGUUAAUCAACUUACCAAUUCGUCUUUAGACAGUUCAGAUGUUGAUGCAUACCCAAGGUUUGCCGGUCGCACACUAAGGAAGGAUUUGUCAGAUGAACUUCCUAGUCCAUCUAAGCAGGUAACAAACUGGUAAAAUUUGAGAAACGAUUCAUGCAGGUUAGAUUCCGCCCAAAUGUUAUCACAAAUUCCUUUGAUCAUCUAGCUGACAAAAUGUCUUUGGAUUUUACUGAAACUGGUUUCGAUGAAUUGACCAAUAUCACAUCAUCUUUUGGUAAUUCGGACUCCAUUUCCAUAUUGCGAAAUCGUUACCCACCAGAUAAUGCGCUUACACAAAACCAAUUUUAUUGUAAACAAACACUUUAUGAUGUAUCUGAGGCAAUGGAAAAUAAUGUCAAUAAAAUGUGUAACCUUUCUGUGGAUACUGAAUGUCACCUUAAAGGCAGCUGUCAAAGUGUUUCAUUCCUCAAAACUACCGAUCACCUCCCUCAGCAGCCGUUACCAUCCUGUGGUCCUGUAUAUAGUUCCAAAAACUGUCCUUCAGAUGCGAAGAGUUCAAGUGACCAAGAUCCCAGAGAACUACCCACCUAUUCUUUUACUCAUUCCGAAAGUCUGUCUUUGUCAAGUCUGACAGAUUUAAGUUUUCUGGAUUCAAAUACAACUUCUUUUUGCAAUCCAGGAGAUGCGACUCUAAAUUUCUCACAACCAGUCUUCAAUACAACGAAAGUGUUAGAACAGGAGAUCAAAUCCCUAUCUAGGAAAGUCAAUAAUGCUUCCAAAGAGCAUUACACUGACGAGAUACGCUUAGAAGCGGAACGUAUUGUAAAUGAAGCUUGCAAUACUCUUCCCGCUGGAGAUAAUUCAAUCAAUCCUUUAAUUCUCAAUCCAAGAAUCACUGUUAAUGUACCUGAAAAUGUAUCUACGUAUGAAAAUCUUAUAGAUUUGACAGUGGAUGAAUCGGAAAUAGUACGUUUGGAGCGUCAACGAAUUGCAGCCCAGCGUAAACGAUUGCUUGAAGCGAAUAGGAAACAAAAUGUCAAAGUUGAUGAACCUGAACCAGAUUUGUUGGAAUUUUUCGACCCAAACCGUCAUGUCUAUCAAUCAGUUAAUUUACAGUCGAAAGGUAUACGAAGUUUACUGCCUACCUUGCAUUGUGCUUCUGACGAUUUGGUCAAUGUGUUCCAACAUAAAAUUACAUGUGAUUACUCUUUUUGGCUAUGCGAUACUUGAAAUGGCUAAUUGUUUGUGAUUAGCGGUCUCUUUUUGGUUGGGGAGGGAGGAUGGUUGAUAAUUGGCAUCAUACCCCUGAUUGUACAGUAUUUCCUUAAAUUUUUUAGACAUAUUGGAAUAAAAUAAAGUAUUGGUAGCGUAAUGAUUGUUUUAAAUUUGUUUUCUUGUUUUUGUAUAAGCUACGCUUACGUAAAGUAGAGGAGUACUAUUUCUACUUUCUAAACAAUUGCCUUCCAGGCUGUUUUCUUAGUGACAGUAUGAUAUAUCCUAGAUUAUGUUAAUCGCAGGUUGCUCAACAGCAGCUAGAUUCACUAUGCUUUUAUCCUUUCAAAUACGGGGUGUUCAAAUUCAAUUGUGACACCGUAUAAUCGGCGCAGCGAUCUAGCAACAUAUAUUUGGAUACAGUGAUAAUAAUUUAAAUGGUGUAACCAUCUUGGAACUUGAGAUGAGUCGUACAUCUUAUAGACGUCAAUACAGCUGCCUCUAUACCGCGCACUGUUUGCCGAUGCUCAUACUGGACGUAAAAGCGAAGUGGUAACUGAUUGAUGACACGUUGCCAUGCAAUGACGAGUAGUUGUAUAGAAGUGAAGACUGUAAGUUAGUCACUGCUCCCCGGUUUAUAGUCUCAGAGAUCGUGUAACUCAUUUUCUUGAGGUGCUAUGAAACAUUUCCAAAAAGGCGCCCUAUAAUAGUUCUGUUUUAAUUUUUCAUCACAUUCUUCAUAUGAAUGAAAUGAGGCUUCAAUGGAAAAAAAUCUAUUUUGGUUGUAAUUUUAAUUGGACUAUUUUUUAUCAAAUAGGUUUUUGGGAAAUCAGACGUAUUAUCGAGAAGGGAAGAUGACAUUACAGGAUAGAAAGGCGAAACUGCAUUUUUAACCCAUUGCAAUUCGGAUUUUACCUCCGUUUUAAUUCAAUAUGGAAAUUACUCAGUGUAAUGUUGUUUUUUUUUUAGUAUUAUACUUUGUCCAGGAUGACAUUGAUUUACUUCCGUGUGAGUCCUCUGUUAGCACCGAGUAAUAAUGCCAAGAUAUUUGAGAUGCGUUUCUCCC